AUGGAAGUUGAUGGUCAGAGACAACACUCUGUUUUCACGAUAGCAGAGAUUCGUGAGCAGAUCAUGAAGGAAAUCGACCAGAUCAUGGAAGUUUUCUCUCUCUCGAAAUCAGAUGCAACCGUAAUACUUAUCCGUCUCCGAUGGAACAUGUUCAAAGCUUCAGAUCGUUUGGGUGACGACGAUAAGAAGAGAUUUCUGGCGGAGCUAGGGUUGGUUCCAAUUACCGGUUUGUACAAAAACAAAUCGGUUGAUUCUUGUGUGGAUCAUGAGACCCACUCUCCCGAUGAUGGCGAAUACGUGGCAGUCUCCACACCCUUUUGUCCACACAAGUAUUGCACAAAGUGUUGGAGCAAAUAUCUCAUCCAAUCUCUGCAUAUGAAGAAGGUGGGUGAGGUAUUAGCACUCUCAUGCCCUAAACCAGGCUGUGCUGCGUCUGUUGGACCAGACACGAUCGUGAAGCUCACACCAAAACUGAUGGAGAUAUACGAUGGUUACGUUCUGGCAUCUUACAUGGCGGGGAAAUCGAUGAAAUGGUGUCCGGCUCCUGGAGGCUGCGAUUACGCCAUUGAGCUUGGUAAGGACGUGUAUGGUGAUGUUGGUGAUGAGGAUGAUGGUUUUGGUGUGGUGUGUGUGUGUGGUCACAUAUUCUGUUGGAGCUGCAAGGGCGAGUCACACCGGCCCGUGACUUGUAACAACGCUCUCACUUGGUUGAGAGAUCGCGAGGAUAAGGCAAAGAGCCUUGAGUGGACCGUGAGUAAGACCAAACCUUGUCCUGUUUGCAAUCUUCCUGUGAAGAGUAACAGCGACACUGAUGUGAGACUCGUCACUUGUGUCUGCAGUAAUGUCUUCUGUUGGAACUGCUUGGGGAAAGGACCAGAGCACAAUGGGAAUUGGAAUUGUGUUGAGGUGGUCUCUGUCACACCACCACCGAAAGAUGAGUUUAAACUCAGGCUUCACUUGAACCACUGGGAUGAGAGUCAAAAUGUUAUGCAACAAGCUAAAUCCGUUAUCCGAGACUUGGAGCGCUACUGUAUACCAAAACUAACCGAGAAUUUCGGUUUAGGGGAGGAAGAUAUCAGGGCUCUGAGAGAAGCCUGGAUGCUGGUUCUUCAGUGCCUGCUCGUCCUGAAAUGGAGCGGUGUGUUUGGUUAUUUCUUAACCGACUAUCAGAGCGCCAAGGUGGAGUACCUGAACCACCUUCGUGAUAAAGCUGCCGUGGCUUUCGAUAGCCACAAAAAGACUCUUGAUGAGUUGGUGGGUGGAGAGUUAACAGCUGAAGCUUGCGGUUUCUUCAGGCACAGAUUGGAAGCCACGACGGCAACAACUGGGGGUUUCUUCCAUGACUUUGUCAAAGCUAUGGAAGGUGGUUUUUCUGAAGUCAAGGUUAAUUCUUAUGAUGAUGCACCGAUGAGCUCCUGGUUCUGCGAUCGCUGCACGUUUCAGAACAAUUGGUUUGAUAAGGAGUGUGCCAUGUGCUUUGUCCCUUCUGAGUCUCCUGCUCCUCGUGACGUGGCUUCUAGUUCUGGUCAUGCCAACAACAUUGCAAGUACAAGUGCAAGUGCUUAUCAUCUUCAUCAUGUCCCAAACAUGCCCAACAUUCCAUUUGCUUAUCAUCUUCAUCAAGUCCCAAACAUGCCCAACAAUCCAUUUGCUCCUCCUCAACAAGGAACCAACCUUCCCAAAUUCGGUCAAGAGUGA